GUAGAAGGGGGCAGUCUUUUGCAGGCUCCAAAAGUUAGUCCCGCGGUAGGGUAGGGUCUAUUGUGAUGAUUACUACAAGAGGUCAAUGAGAUAGGACCCCCUCCUCACAACCCCCCCUCCCUAAUUACGGAUUGAGGAGGGGGAGGGGCCAGUGGGGCUCAGGUGAGCACACGGGGAGAAAGGGACAUGGGCGGGGCCUUACAGAGGGUCAGCGAAUCCGAAAAGACCUAAGCCCUCGUUGCUGGGCGACAAGUCCCGCCCCGCAGGCGGCACCGGAAGUGGCCGGCCGGGAUCAGCCUUUAAGAUGGCGUCUCCUCAGGGGGGCCAGAUUGCGAUCGCGAUGAGGCUUCGGAACCAGCUCCAGUCAGUGUACAAGAUGGACCCACUACGGAACGAGGAGGAGGUCCGAGUAAAGAUCAAAGACCUGAAUGAGCACAUCGUCUGCUGCCUGUGCGCUGGCUACUUCGUGGAUGCUACCACCAUCACAGAGUGUCUUCAUACUUUCUGCAAGAGUUGUAUUGUGAAGUACCUCCAAACCAGUAAGUACUGCCCCAUGUGCAACAUCAAGAUCCACGAGACACAGCCACUGCUCAACCUCAAACUGGACCGGGUCAUGCAGGACAUCGUGUACAAGCUAGUGCCUGGCUUACAAGACAGUGAAGAGAAACGGAUUCGAGAAUUCUACCAGUCCCGAGGCUUGGACCGGGUCACCCAACCCAGUGGGGAAGAGCCAGCCCUGAGCAACCUCGGCCUCCCUUUCAGCAGCUUCGACCACUCGAAAGCCCACUACUAUCGCUAUGAUGAGCAGCUGAGCCUAUGCCUGGAACGGCUGAGUUCUGGCAAAGACAAGAAUAAAAGCAUCCUGCAGAACAAAUAUGUCCGAUGUUCUGUUAGAGCUGAAGUUCGUCACCUCCGGAGGGUCCUGUGUCACCGCUUAAUGCUAAAUCCCCAGCAUGUACAGCUCCUUUUUGACAAUGAAGUUCUCCCAGAUCACAUGACUAUGAAGCAGAUAUGGCUCUCCCGCUGGUUCGGCAAGCCAUCCCCUUUGCUUUUACAAUACAGUGUGAAAGAGAAGAGGAGAAAUCCUCUGAGUUUCAUCAUGAAGGAGGGCCUCUCUAUGUCCGUGGUCCCUCAGUGAAUUGCCAAAGGAGAGGGGUAGAGGACCCUACACAUAUAAAACUCAGAAGGUGAGCUAAGUGGAACCAGGUUACCCAUACCAGCUUUUU